GCUGGUCGGGUUGAGAUGCCCUUUCAUUUACAUCAUCGUAGUAAAGUGCACGACUCUCUCAUUAAUAAUCCAGUGCAGAGUCCUCGAUCUGUCUUUGGUCCAACAAAUGGCCUUUUUCACAAGAUAGAACUCUCGCUUCAGCUUUCCCAUUCUGCUAUGGAGGGGGCAACAAAGUGGGAUCCAGUUGGCUGGACAACAGCAGUGGAAACAAAGAAGAUAUAUGGCUAUCAGAAGGUUCUUGAUCAACAAGUGAAUACUGCUUCAAUUAUUUCUUCCCUCGAGGCAGAACUAGAGCGUGCUCGUGCCCGGGUUCAUCAACUUGAGACAGAGAAGCAGUCAUCGAAAAAGAAACUCGAACAGUUUCUGAGGAAACUUGGUGAAGAAAAGGCAGCGUGGCGGAACAAAGAGCAUGAGAAAAUUCGUGCAAUUGUGGAUGACAUGAGAGCUGACUUCUCCCGAGAGAGGAAAAAUCGAAAGAGGCUGGAAAUAGUCAAUUCUAAAUUAGUUGAUGAGUUGGCUGAGGUCAAGUUAUUAGCAAAACGCUAUUUGCAAAAUUACGAAAAAGAAAGACAGGCUAGAGGGUUGAUAGAAGAAGUGUGCAAUGAAUUGGCCAAAGAACUUGGAGAAGACAAGGCUGAAGUUGAGGAAAUGAAGAGGGAAUCUCUGAAGUUCACAGAGGAAGUAGAUGAAGAAAGAAAGAUGUUGCAGAUGGCUGAGGUUUGGCGUGAGGAGCGUGUUCAGAUGAAACUAGUUGAUGCCAAGGUGAUGCUUGAAGAGAAGUACUCCCAAAUGAACAAGCUAAUUGGAGAAAUAGAAUUAUUUCUAAAUUCUAGAGGUAUGAGUUUUGAUGUGGAGGAGAUGAAAAGAGCUGAGCAACUUCAACAGGCAGCUGCCUCUGUGAGUAUUCGUGAUAUUAGAGAACUCACUUAUGAACCUCCAAAUCCAGAUGAUAUUUUCUCCGCUUUUGAAGACGUUCAUCUUGUUGAACCUGAUGAAAGGGAGAUCCAGCCAUGUACUACUACUGUAUAUAGUCCUGCCAGCCAUGCCUCCAACCGUUUCACUGUCGGGCGUGAUGGUGGUGUUUACGACAUUAACAAAUAUUCUCAUGCAUAUGUCAAUCAGUGUGAUAAUUUAGAGGAAGAGGGAAGUGAUUGGGAAACGGUGACCCACCUUGAGGAGCAAAGCUCUAAUUAUUCUCCUGAAGGUAGCAUUUCAUCCGUCAACAAGAAUUGCCGGCACAGCAAUGUAUUAAGACGUAGAGCAGACUCAGAGGGAAUUUCUGAUGAUGGUACAUCAGUUACGGAGAUUAGUGAAGUAUGUUCUGGACCAGCUCAGCAACGUACAGAGGUGUCUUCUGCACUUAAGCUUAGGAAAUCAUGCCCGAGUAAUGGAGACAAUUUCAAAAUUAAAUCAUUGGAAGGAACCAAACGGAGGCUGUCAAAUGGAAGGCUGUCUAAUGGGGCCAUUCUAUCUCUAGAGCAUGGUUCUAAUAAAGGUGGUUUUAGUCCCUCAGACCUUGGCCAGAACUGGAGCUCACCCGAGUCAGGCAACUCACAAAUAGCACGUGGGCUGAAAGGGUGCAUUGAAUGGCCGCAUAACUCUCAGAAGAAAAGCAUAAAAGCAAAGUUAUUGCAGGCAAGAACAGGGAGCCAGAAGGUACAGUUGUGGCAGGUCUUGAAGCAGAAGAUCUGAGGAGAGAGUUCUGAAUACAUUAGCUUGAGCCUCCUGUCAGCAGGUGUAGUGUAUCAGCAAAACUAAAACAGAAUUCGACAAUAUUUUUGAGAAUAGUCUGCUCACUGGAACUUCUUGGAGAAUCACAUGUCUAUGUAUCGAUAAAUAACUGUGUUGUCAUAGCUGUAUAAGAGUUUAGUGUAAUUUCAAAGCUGUAUUAUUUGGUAUUCCUUAAUAGGUUUUUUGGCCAUUUAUUCACCCA